GGACAGGAAGUAAUUGAAGUGCCGGAAGAAUCACUGAGACACAGAGAAGAUGAAGCUUUCUGAAUAUUUUGCACGAAUUGGCUACACAGGACCUUGCAACAAAGCUGACCUGGAGACACUAGGCAGAAUAGUUGAAAACCAUCUCACAUCUAUUCCCUAUGAAAAUCUCAGUCCACACUGUGGAGAAACAAUUGAGGUCAAUGUGGAAGCAAUCUUUGAUAAAGUGGUGAGGAAGCAUCGAGGUGGCUGCUGUGUGGAACAUAAUGGCUUAUUCUGGUGGGUACUAAAGGAGAUGGGGUACAAAGUGAUGUUUAUAGCUGCAAGAUUGUACAAACCAGCAAAGGAUUGUUACGAAUCCUACCCAUCUCAUUGUAUCCUCAUAGUCACCAUUGAUUCUAAGAGUUAUGUUGUUGACGUGGGCUUUGUAUCAUCCUACCAACCACGACAACCACUGGAGCUGGUAUCAGGCAAAGAACAGUCUCAGCUUCCGGGCACAUACCGCCUGACUGAAGACAACAAUAUCUGGUACAUGGAUAAAGCUGUAAGGAAACUUCACAUUGAAGGUCAAAGCAACAACAGUGAGUCUCUGCAGAACCAUCCUGCCUACCAAAAACUGUUUUGUUUUGCCCUUAAGCCUUGUAAAAUUGAGGAUUUUCAGGACAAAUUAACCUAUUUAAUAACAACUCCUGGGGCCAUGUUUAAAGAAUUAUCCUAUGUUUGUUAUCAAACCCAGAAUGGCAUUAAAAUUCUGAAGGGUACAACCUACAUUGAAAGGAUCUUUAAUGGGAAAGAUGGAACAGAUGUGAGAACCUCCAAAACGCUGACUGAAGAAGAAUUACAACAUGUACUCAAGGAGACAUUCAACUUGAUGUUGGACAAGAAGAUAAUGCAUGUGAAUAACUUCACUCAUUUCCUGAUUGAAUAACAUCAAUUCACCAUAUAAUAAUAUCCAGCAUCAUAUUUCCUCUUCUGAAAGUUAAUGCAUUAUGGGGGUUGGGAUCCUGUCAGUUUUAUAUCACGAAUUUCA